GGCAAAUAAAAUUUGCAUCGAAUAAUUUAUCGUUUGCUGUUAUUGAGAUAAAAAUUAAAUUAUUGCUGUUGAUGCUUGCAUCUCAAUAUGUGAUCGUUUAUCUGUGAAAUAUUGUAUCUGUUUAAUUGUGCUAAAUAUAUAUUGACGAAGUGCAGAUCUCAAUAAAGGAAUAUUUUUGUUAUCCUAACCUCUAACAAAUCUUUUCACAAUGGAUCAAAUGCUACCCAGCCCAGGGUUUUCAAUUCCAAGCAUUGGAACACCGCUCCAUCAGCCUGAAGAGGAUCAGCAAAUACUUCCAAAUGCUUUACAACAACAAAUGCCACCUUUGGCGCCGAUGGGGAGCUCCGGAAUGUCGAGUUUCUCCAAUAUGAACAUGUCAACAGGCUUAACUCCGACACAAAUGAUGAGCACCCCACAGAAAACGAUGCACACAUAUUUACCUUUCCAAACUCCACAAAGUCUAAUGCAACCACAAACUCCACAAAAUAUGAUGUCGCCAAUGGUUCCAACAUUAAGUGGGCCAGCUAGUGUGCAACCACAUUCACAAACAAUGGGUCCAGCAACUCCUAUGACACCCAUGACUCCUCAGUCUGCCGAUCCUGGAAUAAUUCCACAACUACAAAAUAUAGUUUCAACAGUGAAUUUAAAUUGCAAAUUAGAUUUAAAAAAGAUUGCGCUGCAUGCCAGAAAUGCUGAAUACAAUCCAAAACGUUUUGCUGCCGUUAUAAUGAGAAUAAGAGAACCAAGGACAACUGCUUUGAUAUUCUCAUCAGGUAAAAUGGUUUGUACGGGAGCAAAGAGUGAGGAUGAUUCUAGGUUGGCAGCCAGGAAAUAUGCUCGAAUCAUUCAAAAACUUGGUUUUAGUGCCAAAUUUAUGGAUUUUAAAAUACAAAAUAUGGUUGGAAGUUGUGAUGUUAAAUUUCCAAUACGAUUGGAAGGUUUAGUGCUUACACAUGGUUCCUUCAGUUCAUAUGAGCCUGAACUAUUUCCUGGUCUUAUUUACAGAAUGGUCAAGCCUAGAAUUGUACUGUUAAUAUUCGUGUCAGGAAAGGUGGUAUUGACUGGAGCUAAAGUGAGAGGUGAAAUAAUGCAGGCUUUUGAUAAUAUUUACCCAAUUUUAAAGAGUUUUAAGAAACAAUAGUACUUAAGUAUAUAAUUUUAGUUCAAAGAAUUUGAAAUAAUUUAUGACUUGGAGGGUCCAAAUGUAAAUAAAGUGUAUAGUGUAACUAAGCCUGUGACUGACUAAUAUUUAUUAAUAAUAUUAUUAAAAUAUGAGAUAUUACACAAUAUAUUUAAACU